UUUUAUCUGCGCCGGAAGGUCUGCUAUGCUGAGCUGGUGGUGUGCAGCCCGUUUAGGACUGGCUGGGGAACGAUCAUGGCGCCAAAGGGGAAGGUGGGAACCAAAGGUAAAAAACAAAUAUUUGAAGAAAACAAGGAUACCCUGAAGUUCUAUCUGCGAAUUAUCUUGGGAGCAAAUGCUAUUUAUGGGAUUGUAAACUUCGUGAUCUUCUAUUCAGCAACUUCUCUCUGGACUUGGAUUGCAUUUGUGUUCAGCCUGGUGGUUUAUGGGGCCAGUUACCACUCCAUGAGCUCCAUGGCAAAGCCAACCUUUGCGGACGAUGGCAGCCUUGCCGAUGGUGGAAUCGACCUGAAUAUGGAGCAGGGGAUGGCAGAGCACCUGAAGGAUGUGAUCCUGCUCACAGCCAUCGUCCAAGUCCUCAGCUGUCUUUCUUCCUACGUGUGGUAUUUCUGGCUCUUGGCUCCUGGACGGGCACUUUACCUUCUCUGGGUUAACAUCCUAGGGCCUUGGCUCACGGCAGACUCCUCAGCUGCCAACCCAGAGCCCAACGAGAAGAAACAGCGCCGGCAAGAACGGCGGCAGAUGAAGCGCUUCUAGCAGUGUUUGUGCGAGUGGAUAGGAUGCCACCCGUUGUCUCUGAGUGGCUGCUCAUCAGGGAUGCAAUUUUUUUAAAACCAAUCAGAAAACAUCAGGGGCUGCUUCUCUCUCAUAUCCCCCCACCCCUUUUGGCAAUGGCACUUCACUUUAAAGCUACAGCGACGGUUCUGGAUGCUUUCAGGAGUGUCACUUAGCAGAUACUUUGGCCUUCUAUCUGCUUUACGGCACAGGGUGGGAAUCUUUUGUGGGAGUGGCAGUGUGUAAAUAAUCUUAUAAAAGUGAUGUUGAAAUAUGAAUUGAAAGCUGGAAGCAUUGCAAGGUUUGUAGAAAUGGUAUAUUAAAAAAAAAGAAAAGCUUUUAGUCUAUAUGAUAA